AUGCGCUCCCUGAAACCGCCGCCAAAGGAAAAUGCGAAGAUGAGCGCCGCAGGAUGGCUCGCUACACUCGCACUUGCUGUGGCGACUCAUCACCUAUCGUCGAAUAUUCCACGAUGCGUCGGGUUCCUUCCCGCUCGGCCCUCAUCUCCCUUCUCGCAUCUGAUUCAUCACAGACGCCUCAGGAAUGAGCAACCGCAUCGUAAGGAAGCACUGAGCAGGCGGCCACCCUGGCAGAUGACCACCGAGCCCUCUUCGGUGACCCUUUACUCGCCCGCCAAGAUCAACUUGUUUCUGCGCAUCCUGGGCCGCAGGGCGGAUGGUUAUCAUGACCUGGCGUCACUCUUUCAGACCGUCGACCUCUGCGACAGACUGACGUUCUCUAUCUGCGAAGAGGGGGACGACGUGCUGACCUGCACCGACCCCUCUGUGCCGACGGACGGCUCCAACCUGAUCCUCAAGGCCAUCGACCUCUUUCGCGCCAAGACCAGGUCUGCGCAGAUGUGGAGAGAUCCAUGCCUAUGCGCAUCCCUUUGUGAAUCUCUCUGUGUGCGUCUGUGACUGACAGGUCCGAUAAGAGGUUCCGAGUUCACCUGGAGAAGAACAUCCCCAAUCAGGCUGGUUUGGGCGGCGGCUCCGGCAACGCGGCAACAGCCCUGGUGGCCGCCAAUUGGCUGUGUGGGAGAGAUGAGGACGAGCGGCGGUCGAUGGACGAGUUGAGAGAGUGGUCGGGGGAGAUUGGGAGUGACAUCACGUUCUUUCUAAGCAACGGGGUGGCCUACUGCACGGGCAGGGGCGAGCUGAUCCGGCCGCUGGAGCCGCUUCCGAACCCGCCAAGCACCGUGUACAUUGUCAAGCCCAAUCAGGUGCAUGCAAUCACACACGCAUACCGACGCACACGACGCCUGGCCACUUCGUUCCUUUAUGCAGGGUCUGUCGACAGCCUUGGUGUACCGUUCCCUUGAUCUGUCGGCGCUGCAUCCCUCGUCCCCCUCCUCUCUCCUGUCCCUCUUCCAGUCGGGUGGCGUGAUGGCUGCCGCUGACCAGGGGGCCCUCGUCAAUGACCUGGAGCCUCCCGCAUUCGCCAACUACGGUGAGUUGCGGGAGCUCAAGGGCGACCUGGAGGGCGUGUUCGGUGCUGGCCGCGUCAUGAUGAGCGGCAGCGGGACGGCCGUGUUUGGGCUGGACGAUAGAGACGGAGAGGGGGACAGGGAGGCGGCCCUCAGAGAAAUCAAAGAGAGGAGGUAAGCACGUGGCAGAUAUGUGGAUAUCCUGGAGCAGUCAUGGCACCUUCUCUGGGCUGUAUUUCUCUCUGUGUGCAGGCGCGAGAUGGGUCUCCGCAUCUUUGCGUGUCACUUUCUGGACAGGGGUGGCCCCUCACAAGAACAAGCUUCGUCGACCACUCUCGAGUGGUACCAGCCGUCCGAUCCUCUGAGUUGGACACCGACACCACGAGAACUACACGGACUGAAGCCUUGACUGUCUGCCAAACGAGGGCUUGUGUGUGUGAUGAUGGAGCCAGGCAAGGGCCCCUGACUGAAUUGGUCAGGUUUUUCGUUCAUGGUGGAUGAGAGAAGCGUCGGUAGACAUUCUAUCUGGGUGCGUGGGG